AUGUCUCACCGAAAAGCAUUAACUUUGGAAGAAAAAAUUGCUUUAAUCAAGGAUAAUCAAAAUGCUCAUGGUUUAUCAGUUUGCGAACUGACUGAUAAUUAUAAAAUAUCAAAAAGUAGUGCUGCCAAUAUUCGUCGUCGAAGUGAAGAACUUUUAGCUGAUUAUUCUUCGAAUUGUAAUAAAGAAAAAGCAAGGCAAGUUGCUGAACAAUUAGGUUAUACGUCAGAAACAUUUAAAGCAUCAAACGGUUGGCUUGAAAAGUUCCGCAAUCGUCACGCUAUUUCAUUUCGAACAAUUAAUGGUGAAAGUGCUUCAGUGGAUAAUUCCACAGUCGAGGAAUGGGCUCAGCGACUUUCAACAAUACUUGAUGGAUUUGAUGAAAACGAUGUUUUCAAUGCAGAUGAAACGGGUUUAUUUUAUCGUGCAACACCUGAUCGCUCAUUGGUCUUAUCCAAGGAAGAAUGUAAAGGUGGAAAAAAGAGCAAAGAAAGACUCACAGUUUUACUGUGUUCGAAUUUGGCUGGGUCGGAAAAAUUAAAACCAGUGGUAAUCGGCAAAAGUCAACGUCCUCGUUGCUUCAAAAAAAUUACUACGUCGAAACUACCUGUCACCUGGCUGUCAAAUCGAACUGCUUGGAUGACCUGUAACUUAUUUACUGACUGGCUCAUCACCAUUAACAAUCAAAUGAAAAAAAAGAAUCGAAAAAUUCUUCUUUUCAUCGACAAUGCUCCAUGUCACGUAAUUAAUCAUGAUUUAUCAAAUAUCAAAAUUGUCUUCUUUCCUCCAAGUACCACGUCCAAGUGCCAACCACUUGAUCAAGGUGUUAUUCAUUCGUUUAAAUGUUAUUAUAGACAAAAAUUAGUUAAACAUAUAAUUGCUCAAUGUACUCUAGCUCAAACUGCUGAUCAGAUAUCAAUUACUGUCUUAGAUGCAAUUAAAUGGAUUGAUUUAUCAUGGAAAAGUGUUACGGAAAAUACAAUUAAAAAUUGUUUUCGUGCUGCUGGUUUUAUUCGUUCUUCUUCUACGCCUUCAUCGUCUAUGACGAAUAUGGAUAUUAUUGUUGAAAUUAAUAUAGAAUCAAACAAUUCUGAUAAUCCUUUAUAA